CGUAGAAACUUAACGGAGCUUUGUUAAUAAACAAACGGAAAGCAAACUAAGCCCGUUUAUAGCUUCGGUCCCCUCUUCCACCUAGAGACAAUUGAUUUUAAUUUAAGCAGUGUCUUGUGAUUAACCAUCAUAUAUGUCCAUUCCACUUACCAAAAAGGAAAGUUUAUCACUUAGUUUUCAUCAACUUCUGAACUUACCUUUCAUGGAUUCGGCAAUACCUUCUAUUUUUAGCAACUCAAGUUGGUCCUUUACUUCUUCAACUCUUUCUCUUUCACUUCUUUUUUCUUCUUCUUGUUAUUAUUAUAUCUCUUUGUCCUCUCCCCAAAUCUCUUCAACAAAAGAUAAACAGAAACUAAAAAAGAAAGAAUGGCGAGAGGGAAGAUCCAGAUCAAGAGGAUAGAGAACCAGACCAACCGACAAGUGACGUAUUCUAAGAGAAGAAAUGGUUUGUUCAAGAAAGCUCACGAGCUUACAGUUUUAUGUGAUGCUAGGGUUUCUAUUAUCAUGUUCUCUAGCUCUAACAAGCUUCAUGAGUUCAUUAGCCCUAACACCACAACAAAGGAGAUCAUAGAUCUGUACCAAACCGUUUCUGAUGUUGAUGUUUGGAGCGCUCACUAUGAGAGAAUGCAAGAAACCAAGAGGAAGCUGUUGGAGACAAAUAGAAAGCUCCGGACUCAGAUUAAGCAGAGGCUAGGUGAGUGUUUGGACGAACUUGAUAUUCAGGAGCUGCGUAGUCUUGAGGAAGAAAUGGAAAACACUUUCAAACUCGUUCGUGAGCGCAAGUUUAAAUCCCUUGGGAAUCAGAUCGAAACCACCAAGAAAAAGAACAAAAGUCAACAAGACAUACAAAAGAAUCUCAUACAUGAGCUGGAGCUAAGGGCAGAAGAUCCUCACUAUGGACUUGUGGACAAUGGAGGCGACUACGAUUCUGUUCUUGGGUAUCAAAUCGAAGGAUCACGUGCUUACGCUCUUCGUUAUCAUCAGAACCAGCAUCACCAUUACCCCAACCAUGCCCUUCAUGCACCAUCUGCCUCUGACAUCAUUACCUUCCACCUUCUCGAAUGAUUAAUGGUUAAAAAAGGUUGCUGGUGUUUGUCAUUAUCUACCUACUGAAUAACUACUUGAAAAGCAUAAGGCUGGUUCUACUACAACCAUAAACUAUCAUGUUGCUUAAUUAUGUAUUUCUUAAAACCUUAAGUAUGGAUUGUGUGAUCAAUAGCUUGCUGCUUUGACUUAUUGUGGAUUGAAACGUUUUCAACACUAUGUAUAAUAUUAUAUUGACUACCUC